GGAGUCACAGGGAUGAAGAUGGUUAACCUUCCAACAAACGAAACACACCAGCAUGGCUGUGUUCAGUGUGGAGUCUCGUCCUGCCCUCUGCCUGGCCUGUGUCUCUGCCUCCGUUGUGCGGUUGCUGAUGACUACGUAGGAACAGGCGUAUCUGAGAUCGAAUUGCUGUAAUAAUUAUUACAAUUACGGUUAUUGUAAGUGAGACUUCCCUGCCUUCCCUGAGACACACGAGAGGAAGAACGGUUCACACGAAAUCCAGGAGUCAAGGCCUGAGGGAGGAAGGUGCCAGUGAUGGAAGGUUUCCUUUCUGUGACAGUUAAAAUUAGCUUUGGCUACAGAUACCAGGACAUCCACAAUAGUGGUUUAUGGUCCAGAGAUUUAAUUCUGUUACCUAAUCAAAGUUUGGAGGUGGACAACCCAGGGCUGUCUUUCUGCUCUGCCUCUCUUUGUGUGUGACUUCUAUUGUCAACGUUCCCUCAUGGUGCAAAAUGGCUGCAGGGGCUCCACCUUUAUGUUCACAUUCCAGGCCGCGGGAAGGAUGAAGGGGAGAAAGGCAAAGGGACUGGCUCCUUUAAGAGAUUUCCUGUAGGUCCCACCCAACAUUCCUUGUUGAGAUGGAGGUUAUUUGCUGAGAACGUAAUCACCCAGCUGGAGCAGAGGCUGGAAAAUGCCAUCUUUCAGCUGGCGUGUUUCCACCUCCAAUAAUUGGGGCCUGUUGACAAGGGGAGAGGGUAAUGGACAUGCAGGUGGGCAGCGGCGGGCCCUGCACAAUUUUAUACUUUCUUUCCACCCCUUCCCAUUUGAUCACUCACGUGUUUGGCGCUGAGCCAGGUGUAGGAGUGGAAGAACACAGGAUGCCUGCCCCCCAGGGAACGGCUCGGUGUGGACACGGGGGCACACGUGCACCCAUGGAGCAGCGUGGACGUGCUGGCCAUCCCAGAGGGACGCACGCCCCCUCUCUGUGUGGGACCUGCUCGGCCUGGUCCAGGGCAGUGUGCAGAGGUCCUCUGCAGUCUUGGAGUAGGGCAGGGUCCAGGGUCACGGACUUGGCAAGGCCCAGGGGUGCCUGUUAAUGCAGGUAAAGUGCUCAGUAAGACCAGGCGCGGAGCAGAUGCGCCAUAAGCGGCCGGCGUGACUGCUGCCAUGUGGGGUGAAGCCGGGACAGAGGCCGUCGGGGGACUUGGAACCCGGGGAGGGCCCAGCCGCCCCCUGACGUUUCCUGAGAAGCUGCUGUGCGCGGGCACUGUCUCAGGUGGCAGGGACGCAGCUGGGAACGAGGCAGGGCCCCCGCCCACCCUCAUGGGGCUCGUCGUCCGGACGUAAGGGUUUGCGAGAAGAAAGAAGACGUCCCUGUGGUUUGUGGGGUCUCUGCUGGUGGUGUCCACCUCCAUCCUGACCGUCGGCCUCGCUGCCACCACCAGGACGGAGAACGUGACCAUGGGCGGCUACUACCCUGGGAUCAUUCUGGGCUUCGGAUCCUUCUUAGGAAUUAUUGGCAUCAACCUGGUGGAGAAUAGAAAGCAAAUGCUGGUGGCGGCCAUCGUGUUCGUCAGCUUCGGCGUGGUGGCCGCCUUCUGCUGCGCCAUCGUGGACGGCGUGUUCGCCGCGCGGCACAUCGAGCCCAGGCCCCUCACCGCAGGAAGGUGCCAGUUUUACUCCAGUGGGGUCGGCUACCUGCACGACGUCUACCAGACGGAGGUCACCUGCCACUCCCUGAACGGUAGAUGCCAGCUGAAGGUGAAGAGUAACACCUGCUACUGCUGCGACCUCUACGACUGCCACAGCACCGAGCACCCGCCCACCUACUACGAGUUCGUGGGCGUCCGCGGCUGCCAGGACGUGCUCCACCUCUAUCGGCUGCUCUGGGCCUCGGCGGCGCUGAACGUCCUAGGCCUGUUCCUGGGCGUCGUCACCGCGGCAGUCCUGGGGGCCUUCAAGGACAUGGUCCCGCUGUCCCAGCUGGCCUACGGCCCGUCCACAGCGCCUCAGGCCCUCUACAACCCCGCCCAGCAGAUCCUGGCCUCCACGGGCUUCGGCCCGGUGCCCCCGGCUGUCCCCACCUGCUCGUCGUACCCGCUGCCCCUCCAGCCCCCUGGUGGCUUCCCGGCCUCACCUGGCUCCGACCUCUCUCUGUCCGAGGAUGUGCAGCCUCCGUCCCAGCCCGGCCCCAGCUGCCGGCCCCCCCCGAAUGCCCCCCCCAUCUUCGCUCUCACCCACUUCCUCCCCGGGGAGAAACCUCCCCCCUACGCACCGUGAUGCAGCGGGUGGAGACUGAAAACUAGUUUUUGUCUUGUUAGAAAACAGAGCAGCUUCUACGAACCCUGCUUCUGUGGCCAACCUCCUGGAGAUGCCUGAGCCCCCCUCCCCUCCCUGGGCACAUCCGGGCAAGGAGAGGCCGGACCUGCCCUGGCGGGCGGGGAGCCCUGGUGGCUGACGCCGCCUCACCCUGUGUGAAGCCACACACGAAGCCGUGCUAAAAUGCCCGCCGGAGCCGCCUUGCUCUGGUGGCAUCACUUACAAAACAGUUUCAUUUUCCUCCUAAUUCGUUAGCACUAUUAUGAUCAAGGGGACUGCGGCAGGUGCCCCCGUGUGAGGACCACUUUCGAGGAAACGCGCUGUGUUUGUAUUUAUAUGUGUGUCCCCGGCAAGGGCAGGGUCACCACCCUCAGCGCUGCACUCCUGGUCCCCACGCACUCGAGUGAAAACUUGUCCCAGCUCAAAUAUAAGUGCUGUUUCCAAGGCCUGCGAGUGGUCUGAGGUCUGCGUGUGCUCUGUUCCAAUCGCGUCCCGCAGCUGCGUGUGUCCUGUGUCCAGGCCCCCGACUGUCAGCCUUCGUGGAGAAUCCAGGGAGCCUGGUCUGUUCUGUGGGACACCCUGUGUGGGCCCCCGCCCGCAGAGCAGGUGCCCCUAAGAUGCAGCCUCUCUGCUGAGAGACCCCUGGAGUGGGGGGGGGGGCUCUGGCCCAGCAGCCACGGCCUGGGUGAAGCCGUGCCCAGAACAGACCAAUGGCUACCGACCAGGGCCCCACAUGCACCUGCCCACUGCCAGACACACCUGAGGAAGCAGGCGAGCGUGGCCUUGGAGCCAAUCAAAUCCUGGUCGAGAGACAGACCAGAGUCUGUCUCAGAGUUACAGAGUUACAGUCAUGGAUGUUUGGGGAAAAGAGAUGGCGGAGGAGGGACAGGAGGGAGGAGAGGUGAGGGGA